AUGCAGUCCUCAAACGAUGGCACCUCCAAGCGUACAGCGCGUGCCUGUGAUUCCUGCUACAAGCGCAAGAUCAAAUGCGAUGCCGCCAAACCCAAGUGCAACUGGUGUGGCCACCAUGGUCUCCCCUGCACAUUCGACCGAGUAACUCAGCGCAAGCGCAAAAUUCAGGACGAGGCCGGUCGGCCACGAGCCGCUCGACUAUCCGAGCGUAUCAGCCGCAUUGAACAGCUUCUUGCCAGCAACAAUCUGUUAGGAGGCUCAGACCGCCCGGACGACGACCACAGAGCCGAAUUGGGGGAAGCUCUGGAUGAUAUGAUCACACCGAGUCCCUCUCCGAGCAACUCUGGCACGAAUGGCCCUCAGUUCUCCCAUUCCGUGGGUGUCCAUUUUGCAGGCCGAGAGCUUGGGGUAAUCAGUCUGCUCACGGGCAUCCCCUUUCUUCUGCCGGAAGGUCAGGAUUGGAUUCAAUCGCGCACCGGACAGGUCCUUGCACACGAAAAGCUCAGUUCUGCGCACCCACCCUGGGAGCGGGAACGCGAUCAGAUCAAUGGGGUCUUGUUGACGAGUUUGACGAACCAAAACCUGCUCGAGCUGCCUGAGAGACGAAUCGUACGGACGUAUCUCGAGGCGUACAAGAAGACCGCUGUUAUGCGACGUGUCUUUCCAGUGAUUGAUCCUGACUUCUUCGAGGUCACUAUGCACAUCGCAUAUCAAGAUUAUCAGAACAGUUCCCGGCAGAUGGGCAGUCGGGCGUGUGUCUUAGCAUUCCUCGCCUUCAUCAGUCGCGUCCCCAUGAUCAACGACUUGAGACUGGAAAUUCCAGUAGACCAUGAGAUAUUGACCUUCAAGGCUCGAUCUCUCAUAACUCAAAUCUUGCACGCCGCUGCCACAUUGGACUCGCUGCAGGCGACGACCAUUCUGAUCCUUUACGAGCUCUGCUCUGGCAACAUGCGUCUCGCCAGUUUCUUGACGGCACUCGCGUCAAGACAAAUAUUCAUGCUUGGUGCACACCUUUCCCAGGACCACCUUACACCGUCAUCCGAUCGCAGUGAGAAACGUCACAAGCAAUUACGAAAUGUAUUUUGGGUUUGCUACGCCGUUGACAAGGACAUCGCCCUUCGCACAGGUGAACCGCCCGUGCUUACCGACCAGAAUUGCGACUUGACCUUGCCAGAAGGGUACAUGAAUCGCGCAGCCCUGAAUCCCGAACGAGAUGACAGUUUCGACGUGGAACCCGUCUUUCCAUAUGAACUUCGAUUGAGUCUCAUCAAAUCCCGGGCUUACAACGAGCUGUACUCUUUCAGCGCCUUGCAGAAGACGGAUGCCGAACUACUCAAGUCCAUUCGUGAAUUGGAUGACGAUCUCGAGGCAUGGCGCUUAUCCAUCCCGUCUGAAUGGCGCCCGACAAUGUCCUUUUCUCAAGAGACGUCCGAUUCCAACAUGAGUAUGCACUCGGUCAUGUUGCGAGUAAACUAUUACUUGUGCAUGAGUAUCAUACAUCAAGCGAGCAGUCGCUGUAAAGCCUGGAUGCAAGGUAGCGGGUUGAUAGAGGGUGUGAGCUCCAGCCUUGCGCUCUCUGUCGAAGCGAGUCGAUCUACACUCUGUUAUAUGGAAGCGGCUGAGCAUGUCCUGUCUCAAGAAGCCAUCUGGAUACUGAUCUUCUAUCCUCUUUCCGCCCUUCUCACCAUCUUCUGCAGCAUCCUUCAGAAUCCACUCGAUCCUCGCUCACGGGGUGAUUUGGACCACCUGAAGACGGCGACAUCUAUGCUGGCGCGUCUUUUCUCCAACGCCAACUCUGAAAAUGACAUUGAGCAUAUGAAAUUGAUCGCUGACUAUGUAGGGGAGCUAAAGCGAUUAGCAGAGUGCGCCAUUGAGAAGGCAUGGCAGGAACACGUCUCUACACCGCGGCUGGGAAACCUGACACUGCAAGAAAGAGCACGUUGA